UAAGAAGAUGAUUGGUGGAUAUAGAAUCUUGCUUCUCCUAUUGGUUAAGACGCAGAGCGAUGGCUGAGGCUGCUGAAGAGCUGUGUCACCUGGAUUGCGGGACACUUCCUGGAUGUGCUGUAACUGUGGGGACUGGGAGAGCAGAGUUCCUCUUUGAUGGCGUCCUACUUUGAUGAACAUAACUGUGAGCCCACAGUCCCUGAGGAGCAGUACCGCCAGAACGCCUUGUUAGAGCUGGCUAGGAGUCUCCUCAAUGGGUUGGAUCUUGAUCUUGGAGACCUGGAUGCAACAGACUGGGACCAUAGACUCCCACCGCCAGCUGCCAAAAAAGUGAUCGAAAACUUGCCAAAAGUUACGGUGACAGCAAAGCAAGCAGAUGCCGGCCUGAAGUGUCCCGUGUGUCUGCUGGAGUUUGAGGAGGAUGAAACCGUGCGGCGGCUGCCCUGCGAACACCUCUUCCACUCCGCCUGCAUCCUGCCCUGGCUUGGAAAGACAAAUUCCUGCCCUCUAUGCAGAGAUGAACUACCGACAGAUAGCCCAGAAUAUGAGGAAUACAAACAGGAGAAGGCAAGAAAACAGCAGAGGGAACACAGACUGGAGUAUCUCCAUGGAGCCAUGUACACCUGACCACGGUUCAUCCCACUUGUCCGAUACGUCUUUAAGACUUGAGCCUCCGGCACAGACAGAACAGGUCUCCAGGCUGCCGCACCCAUUGGCGAUCAUGAAUGUGGUUCAGUCUAAGGCCAGAUAUGAGAUUCAUCAAAACCUGUGCAGAGGAAAGGUUGACCAGUUUCCCAUAGCAACCAAUCAGAUCACUUCUUUCAUUUUUGAAAAGGCCUCUGAAAAAUUUUAAGCAAUCUGAUUGGUUGCUAUGGGCAACUGGUCAACCUUUCCUCUGAACAGGUUUUGAUACAUCUCCCCCAUCCUACCUUUUCUUAUGCCUUGUGAAAUUACUUUUUUUUCUGUUUUUAUUUUGAAAAAUUCCACAUCAUAGAACUGUAAUUUUGCAGAAUAAAUAUACUUUUAUAGAAAUUCUCUCCGGUAUGGUAAAUAAACUUGUCCUACUGUCUAUA